AUGGAUUAUAAAGAAAUUAAAUCCAAUAAGUAUUAUAGAAGCAAUAGAUUUGAUAAAGAAAUUAGAGAAAAGGCAAAAAAAUAAUUAGAAUAAAAAGAAGUUGAAUAAACAAAAAAUAAUUUAAGAAAAAAAAUCAAAUCUCUUGAAGACGUUUGUAGAAGAAAUAAAUCUGGCAAAGGAGAUAGAUAAAUAUUUAACGGAAAUGGACUCAAAUUUGAUUAUAUGGCAAAUGAUAGACCAGUCAAUAAAGUAUUAAAAAGAAUGGAUAAAUAAUAAAUCAAUGAAUAAAUUUGA